GAUGUGUGUGUGUUGCUCGAUAACGAGGCCAUCUAUGACAUCUGCCACAGAUCCCUGGACAUUGAGCGUCCAACUUACACCAAUCUCAACCGCCUUGUCUCUCAGCUGAUUUCAUCUUUGACUGCCUAUUUGAGGUUCGAUGGGGCUCUAAAUGUGGAUGUGACUGAGUUCCAGACCAAGUUGGUGCCAUAUCCGAGGAUCCAUUUCAUGCUCUCCUCCUAUGCUCUUAUGAUCUCCAUAGAGAAAGCAUACCAUGAGCAGCUCUCAGUGGCCAAGAUCACCCACAGUGCUUUUGAGCCUGCUUCCAUGAUGGCCAAGUGUGAUCCUCGUCAUGGAAAGUACAUGGCCUGCUGUUUGAUGAACCGAGGAGAUGUGGUGCCAAAGGAUGUGAAUACAGCUGUGGCCACCAUCAAGACCAAGCGUACCAUUUAGUUUGUGGACUGGUGUCCUAUUGGGUUCAAGUGUGGUAUCAACUACCAGCCACCCACUGUUGUUCCAAGCGGCGACCUUGCUAAGGUGCAGAGGGCUGUGUGCAUGAUCUCCAACUCCACUAGUGUGGCUGAGGUGAUUUCAUCUUUGACUGCCUCUUUGAGGUUCGAUGGGGCUUUGAAUGUGGAUGUGACUGAGUUAACCAACUUGGUUCCAUACCCAAGGAUCCAUUACAUGCUCUCCUCCUAUGCUCCUGUGAUAUCUGCAGAGAAAGCAUACCAUGAGCAGCUCUCAGUGGCUGAGAUCACCAGCAGUGCUUUUGAGCCUGCCAUGAUGGCCAAGUGUGAUCCUCGCCAUGGAAAGUACAUGGCCUGCUGUUUGAUGUACCGAGGAUAUGUGGUGCCAAAGGAUGCGAAUGCGGCUUUGGCAACCAUCAAGACCAAGAAGAUGGAUGUGAGCCAGCACAGCAAGUAUUUCUGCGGCAAGAGGAAGGCUAUUGGCAUUUGGGGAUGCAAGGAGAGGAAAGCUGUUGGCAUUUGGGGAUGCAAGAACUGUGACAAAGUGAAGGCCGGUGGUGCCUACACUUUGAAGUAAUAUUCCUAUACUUUUACUUAACCAGUAUGUGACUAGACCCUUUGCACUAUAAUAAUUUAGGAUUGACAAAUUUGUUGAUAUGUGUGGGUUAUUUUACUGUUAUGUUUAAUGCUGGAUAUUGUUGGAAUCUA